AUGGCCAUCACAUCCGCUAUAUCAGACCUCUUCAAAUCCAUCUACGAGGUAUUCGCCUCCUUCUUCUCCGCAAUCUACGCCGUCAUACAUGCCGCCGUCAGCACGGUGUGGAAUUUCAUCCUCGGCGUCGUGAACUUGGUGCAGAGCAUUCUCGUCCAGGCAGUUCAUUUCACGGGCGGCGUGGGAAAGUUUGUCGCAAGUAAUUUCGUUGCCCUCCUUGUUGGCGGAGUGCUUGUGUUUGCCUAUCUGCGCUUCUCUGCCACAGGUACCAGAUCCACGACUGUGACGCAGAAAAAGACUCAGUAG